GCCGUCCCUACGUAGCCGGGUGCGCUGUGGUCUCUCGCCGGCGGUCGACAUGCUGCGGGCGCGUGCGUCGGGCCUCGGGACCCGGCUGCUCCCGGCCGCGCUGGGCCUCGGACGGAGCCGGGCGGCGUGCGAGGGGCGCGGGCGGGCCUGGCGGCAGCCCGAGGGCCACAACACAGGCGUGCAGGUGUACAACAGCCUCACCGGCAGGAAGGACCCGCUGGUAGUGGCCCGCGCGGACGCCGCCUCCUGGUAUAGCUGUGGACCAACUGUGUACGAUCACGCACACCUUGGCCAUGCUUGCUCAUAUGUUCGCUUUGAUAUGAUUCGAAGGAUCCUAACCAAGGUGUUUGGAUGUAACAUAGUCAUGGUGAUGGGCGUCACAGACGUGGAUGACAAGAUCCUCAGAAGAGCCCAUGAGAUGAAGGUGUCGCCCUCUUCUCUGGCCAGUCUGUAUGAAGAAGAUUUUAAGCAGGACAUGGCAGCCCUGAAGGUUCUCCCGCCCACCGUGUACCUGAGAGUAACUGAAAACAUUCCUCAGAUAAUUUCUUUCAUUGAAGGAAUAAUUGCUCAUGGGCAUGCCUAUCCGACAGCAAAAGGCAACGUCUACUUUGAUCUGCAGUCCAGAGGAGACAAGUAUGGCAGACUGGUCUGUGUGGCGCCUGGGCCUGCUGGAGAGCCAGUGGACUCUGACAAGCGGCACGCCAGCGACUUUGCCCUGUGGAAGGCAGCGAAGCCCCAGGAGGUGUUCUGGGCCUCGCCCUGGGGGAAUGGCAGGCCCGGCUGGCACAUCGAGUGCUCCGCCAUGGCCAGCAUGGUGUUUGGAGGGCAGCUGGACAUCCACUCGGGCGGGGUGGACUUAGCGUUUCCCCAUCACGAGAACGAGAUCGCACAGUGUGAGGUCUUCCAUCAGUGCGAGCAAUGGGGAAACUAUUUCCUACAUUCUGGGCAUUUGCACGUGAAAGGCCAAGAAGAAAAAAUGUCCAAAUCGUUGAAGAACUACAUCACUAUUAAGGACUUUCUUCAGACAUUCUCCCCUGAUGUCUUCCGGUUCUUCUGCAUGUGCAGCAGCUACAGGUCAGCCAUCAACUACUGUGACAGCACCAUGCUGGAAGCCAGGCACCUCCUGCUGGGGCUGGCCUCUUUUGUUGAAGACGCACGUGCCUACGUGAAGGGGCAGUUGACCUGUGAGCCCAUCAGGGAGGACAUGCUGUGGGAGAGGCUCGCCAGCACCAAGGGGACUGUGCAGGCAGCACUGGCAGAUGACUUUGACACACCCAAGGCCGUUGACACCAUCCUGGACCUCGUGCACCACGGGAACCGACAGCUCAGGGCAGUCACUAAGGAGCCUGGUGGCCCCAGGAGCCCUGCUGUGUUUGGUGCCAUCGUCUCCUACAUUGAACAGUUUUUUGAGACUAUUGGAAUUUCUCUAGCAAAUCAGCAGUGCAUUCCAGGAGACAGCAGUGCAGCCACUCUGCACAGCGUGGUGGAUGAGCUGGUGCGCUUCCGGCUGAAGGUCCGGCAGUAUGCACUUGCCACACCUGAGGCCACUGGGGAGGCCAGGCGACAAAUGCUCCAGGAGAGGCGGCCCUUGCUGGAGGCGUGUGAUGCACUGCGGCAGGACCUUGCCAUGCACGGCAUCAACAUUAAGGACAGAAGCAGCACUGCCUCCACAUGGGAACUGCUGGAUCCCAGGAUGAAGUACCAGAAGCCAGGGAGCUGAGGAAGGAGCAGCCAUGGGGCCCACACACGCAUGCAGCUUCUGAUGAAAACUUUAUAUUAAAGUUUCCAAUGGUGGCUCUUCAGUGUUUC